GCUGUUCUUAUAAAUCAUUUUUAAAAAAUAAGCAAAUAGCUGAAUCUUCAACAUCUAAGCAAAAAACUGCUUUAGUAAAAGCAAAACAAAAUGAAAAUAAAUUAACAUCUCAAGAAGAUAUUUUAAAAAUUUUAGAAGAUAUACAAAAUGAUAAUAAAGAGUCAUUAAUUUGUUAA